GAGCUUCCGGGAGGGGCCGCGCCGCGGCGCUGACGUGGAGGGAGCCGAAGGGCAGCAGGGAGUGGCGGGGCUUGGGUCGGCGCCUCGGAGCCGGAGGCCUGAAGGAUGCUAACCAAGUUCGAGACCAAGAGCGCGCGGGUCAAAGGGCUCAGUUUUCACCCCAAAAGACCUUGGAUCCUGACCAGUUUACACAAUGGAGUCAUCCAGUUAUGGGACUAUCGGAUGUGUACCCUUAUCGACAAGUUUGAUGAACAUGAUGGUCCAGUACGAGGCAUUGACUUCCACAAGCAGCAGCCACUGUUUGUUUCUGGAGGAGAUGACUAUAAGAUUAAGGUGUGGAAUUACAAGCUUCGGCGCUGUCUCUUCACAUUGCUUGGGCAUUUGGACUACAUUCGCACCACAUUUUUCCAUCACGAAUAUCCCUGGAUUCUGAGCGCCUCAGAUGACCAGACCAUCCGAGUGUGGAACUGGCAGUCUAGAACCUGUGUCUGUGUGUUAACAGGACACAACCAUUAUGUAAUGUGUGCUCAGUUUCACCCCUCAGAAGACCUGGUUGUGUCAGCCAGCCUGGACCAGACUGUGCGUGUUUGGGAUAUUUCUGGUCUAAGGAAAAAAAACUUGUCCCCUGGUGCAGUGGAGUCCGACGUGCGAGGAAUAACCGGGGUCGAUCUGUUCGGAACGACCGACGCGGUGGUCAAACACGUGCUGGAGGGUCAUGAUCGUGGCGUAAACUGGGCUGCCUUCCACCCCACCAUGCCCCUUAUUGUCUCUGGGGCAGACGACCGACAAGUGAAGAUCUGGCGCAUGAACGAGUCAAAGGCGUGGGAGGUUGACACCUGCCGCGGUCAUUACAACAACGUGUCUUGUGCCGUCUUCCAUCCUCGCCAAGAGCUGAUCCUCAGCAAUUCGGAGGACAAGAGCAUCCGAGUCUGGGAUAUGUCCAAGCGGACUGGGGUUCAGACCUUCCGUAGGGACCAUGAUCGUUUCUGGGUCCUAGCUGCCCACCCCAAUCUGAACCUCUUUGCGGCAGGCCAUGACGGUGGCAUGAUUGUGUUUAAACUGGAGCGGGAACGGCCAGCCUAUGCCGUUCAUGGCAAUAUGCUACAUUACGUCAAGGACCGAUUCUUGCGUCAGUUGGAUUUCAACAGCUCCAAAGACGUAGCCGUGAUGCAGUUGCGGAGUGGUUCCAAGUUUCCGGUGUUCAACAUGUCAUACAAUCCAGCAGAAAAUGCAGUCCUACUGUGUACGAGAGCCAGCAAUUUAGAGAACAGUACCUACGACCUGUACACCAUCCCCAAGGAUGCGGACUCCCAGAAUCCCGACGCUCCAGAAGGGAAACGAUCCUCAGGCCUGACAGCCGUUUGGGUUGCUAGAAAUCGGUUUGCUGUCCUAGAUCGGAUGCAUUCGCUUCUGAUCAAGAAUCUGAAGAAUGAGAUCACCAAAAAGGUACAGGUGCCCAACUGCGAGGAGAUCUUCUAUGCCGGCACAGGCAACCUCCUGCUUCGAGAUGCCGAAUCUAUCACGCUCUUUGACGUUCAGCAGAAGCGGACUCUGGCUUCGGUGAAGAUUUCUAAGGUGAAAUAUGUUAUCUGGUCAGCAGACAUGUCCCACGUAGCACUACUGGCCAAACAUGCCAUUGUCAUCUGUAACCGCAAACUGGAGGCUCUGUGUAACAUUCAUGAGAACAUUCGCGUCAAGAGUGGGGCCUGGGAUGAGAGUGGGGUCUUCAUCUAUACCACAAGCAACCACAUCAAAUAUGCCGUCACCACUGGGGACUACGGGAUCAUCCGGACUCUGGAUUUACCCAUCUAUGUCACGCGGGUCAAGGGCAACAACGUGUAUUGCCUGGACCGGGAGUGUCGUCCGCGGGUGCUCACCAUUGAUCCCACAGAGUUCAAGUUCAAACUGGCUUUGAUCAACAGAAAAUACGACGAGGUGUUGCACAUGGUGAGGAACGCCAAGCUAGUCGGCCAGUCCAUCAUCGCUUACCUCCAGAAGAAGGGCUACCCGGAAGUGGCACUGCAUUUCGUCAAGGACGAGAAGACUCGCUUUAGUCUGGCACUUGAGUGCGGAAACAUUGAGAUUGCUCUGGAAGCAGCCAAAGCGCUGGAUGACAAGAACUGCUGGGAGAAGCUGGGAGAAGUAGCCUUGCUACAAGGGAACCACCAGAUUGUGGAAAUGUGUUAUCAGCGCACCAAAAACUUCGACAGACUUUCUUUCUUGUACCUUAUCACUGGCAACCUAGAGAAGCUUCGCAAGAUGAUGAAGAUUGCUGAGAUCCGGAAGGACAUGAGUGGCCAUUAUCAGAAUGCCCUCUACCUGGGCGACGUGUCCGAGCGGGUCCGGAUCCUGAAGAACUGCGGGCAGAAGUCACUGGCCUACCUCACAGCUGCUACUCAUGGCUUAGAUGAAGAGGCUGAGAGCCUGAAGGAGACAUUUGACCCAGAGAAGGAGACCAUCCCGGACAUUGACCCUAAUGCCAAGCUGCUCCAGCCCCCGGCACCCAUCAUGCCGUUGGACACCAACUGGCCCUUGCUGACUGUGUCCAAAGGCUUCUUUGAAGGCUCCAUUGCCAGCAAGGGCAAGGGCGGCGCACUGGCUGCUGACAUUGACAUCGACACUGUUGGCACCGAGGGCUGGGGAGAGGAUGCGGAGCUGCAGCUGGACGAAGACGGGUUUGUGGAGGCUGCAGAAGGUCUGGGGGACGAUGGUCUUGGCAAGGGACAGGAGGAAGGAGGCGGCUGGGAUGUCGAAGAGGACCUGGAGCUCCCUCCCGAGCUGGAUAUACCCCCUGGAGCCGCGGGGGGCGCUGAGGAUGGGUUCUUUGUGCCCCCCACCAAGGGAACCAGCCCGACUCAGAUCUGGUGCAAUAACUCUCAGCUUCCAGUCGAUCACAUCCUGGCCGGCUCUUUUGAAACAGCCAUGCGGCUUCUUCACGACCAAGUGGGGGUCACCCAGUUUGGCCCUUACAAGCAGCUGUUCCUACAGACCUUUGCCCGUGGCCGUACCACCUACCAGGCCCUGCCCUGCCUGCCCUCCAUGUAUGGCUAUCCUAAUCGCAACUGGAAGGAUGCAGGGCUGAAGAAUGGCGUGCCGGCCGUGGGCCUGAAGCUGAAUGACCUCAUCCAGCGGCUGCAGCUCUGCUACCAGCUCACCACAGUGGGCAAGUUUGAGGAGGCUGUGGAGAAGUUCCGCUCCAUUUUGCUCAGUGUGCCUCUUCUCGUGGUGGACAACAAACAGGAGAUCGCGGAGGCGCAGCAGCUCAUCACUAUCUGCCGUGAGUACAUCGUGGGUCUGUCCAUGGAGAUAGAGAGGAAGAAGCUGCCUAAAGAGACUCUGGAACAGCAGAAGCGCAUCUGCGAGAUGGCAGCCUACUUCACCCACUCGAACCUGCAGCCGGUGCACAUGAUCCUGGUGCUGCGGACCGCCCUCAACCUCUUUUUCAAGCUCAAGAACUUUAAGACAGCUGCCACCUUUGCUCGACGCCUCUUAGAACUUGGGCCCAAGCCGGAGGUGGCUCAGCAGACCCGCAAAAUUCUGUCUGCCUGUGAGAAGAACCCCACAGAUGCCUACCAGCUCAAUUACGACAUGCACAACCCUUUUGACAUCUGUGCUGCGUCCUAUCGGCCCAUCUACCGUGGAAAGCCAGUGGAGAAAUGUCCGCUCAGCGGGGCCUGCUAUUCCCCAGAGUUCAAGGGUCAAAUCUGCAAGGUCACUACAGUGACAGAGAUCGGCAAAGAUGUCAUUGGUUUAAGGAUCAGUCCUCUGCAGUUCCGCUAAGGCCCCCUUCGGAGAAUCAGUCUCUGUCUUUCCAGCUCCUCCUCCUCAACUACCCUUCAGAUCAUUGACAUUUAGGUCUCCUGCCCUAAGACCAGUGUCCCUUUCUCUUCUUCUGUGGCUAAUCAGAAUGUCCACAUUUGACUAUUUGUCCUCUCCUCAAGGGCGACUACAGUUGUGGUCGCUGUUGGCCUUCCUUCCCCGCUUCGAUCGUUCAAGGAACAAAUGAAACUCGGUGGCGCACAUUUGCUUACCGAAUUCCUUUAGUACUUCUCCUUCCCUCCCCACUGUCUUUGUAUUUUCUUUGGGGAAGAAGCAGGAUGUGGUAAACGAGAUCAGUCACAGCAAACUCUUAGCCGUCCCCCAUUUUCCUCGGACAUUUAAACUCAUAGGCAAGUACCCUCUGUAUGCCCAGAAACUUAAAGUCUGGGGAGAAACUUGUUUUCCAGAAAUGCACGUCACUUUUUAUUGAUUUGUUCUUUAUAGCCAUUGUUCUAGUGCUUUGUUUCUCACCCCUUAAUAAAGUAAGUUUCUAAGA